AUGUCUGUCGUGGUUGAACAACAAGAGAGCACCGAAGUGAAGGAGGUCGUGCCCGAGGUGCCGACAACGCUGCCUCCGAUCGACGAGGUGGUCAUCGUCAAAAGCGAGGUAUUUCUUUGACUCUGAGAAAAGACAAUUUAGAAGAGGAUUUUCAGAUCAAAGCAGAAGACAACGAGGAGACCACUGCCGCCGCUGCUGCUGAGAACGAGGCUGCUGUCGAGAAAGAGAAGCCCAAAGUGACCCGUCGCUUCACUUUCAACAAACGCUGGGGAAAGCACCGUGACGAGGCUCAGAUUCCCAAGGAGCCGGAGCAGCCGAAGGAUCCCAAGGAAGACGUCCUCGGCUGGAUCUCCCAGCAAACCCCUCAAGCUGUUCACAAGGUAGACGCCGAAAGUAAAGAAACGCGAAAUACUGAGAAAGGCAUUCAGGUCAACUACCUGCUCCUCGAAUGGGUCCAGCGCGUGGCCGUCGAAAACGAAGCCGACCGGAAGCCACUUCCCGGCAAGGACGGUUUCGUCACACGCAACCAGUUCCUCGCGUUCCUGCGCGACGGUGACUUGCUCACCAAACUCGCAAACAAACUCCAGGUCCGUCGGUACUUCUCUCUAUGGUUUUGGCGGCAGCGCGCCGAUGUGCCUGGCACAAGGGAACAUCUGCGCCGUGCAAAUAAUAGGUGGCAAUUAUGAUUACCUGGUGGCUUUCUCUCUCUCUCCCUCUUUUGAAAUGCCCCCCAUCCACCCGAUCUCGGCCCGCUUUGCUAAUUGGCGUUUUGCCAGCGAAGCCUUUUUUCCACCGAGAGAUGACUGACCUCUUUUUGAGCAUAUGUUUGGGAGACGAAUGGUUGGGCGAGCCUUUGAUUUGCAUAAACUAUGCGAAAUGGACAAUCUGCUACUCAGCUUCCUAAAAGCCAAAAGAUUGUUUAUAUUCCCCAUUUGUUUACGGGUAAAGGUCAGCGGAAGGAAGGCAAGACAAAACUUAUGUGCAACAUGUGUGUCACUGUAAUGAUGAUCCUUUUCGGACAGAGUAUUCCUUCGGAUCCAAAACUAUAACAUGGGCAAUAAUGGGAACACUGUUUACUCGGACAUUGGUAACGCGAAACGGACGUGCUCCACACGUUUCUGGGCGAUUCUAGGGAUCUCUUAAGAGUUCUGAGGCUACUAAAGUGGUCACUAGAAAUGCCCCGACACGUCCGAUUCGCGUCUCGUUUGCGUUACCAAGGUCUGAGUAUUCAAAGAUUCUCUGAAAUGGAGCGCCACAACUUUUUCUCUGACAUACACUGUUUCGUCGUUUUUCUCGCAACUAGGCCCUUUUGGCGCUCCAUGUCAGAGUUGUCUUGUUUUAUAAAAAAAUUAUUAGAAGAGGCUUGAAAAAAAUCCGUGGAGUUUAUUAGUAUCAUAAGUAUGUCAACUUAGACAAUUUUUCUUCUCAGUUCUCUAAAUUUCAAUACGAGUUUUUCCACGAAAAAAAUAUUGGCACGAAUGAAUUUUUUGCGUUCGUAACGGGCUUUUAGCGAAAAAUUUUAAAUAUAUGAAACGAACAUGAGAAGAAAAAAUGUUAAAAAACGUUUUUCAUAAGAUUUAAUUGACUCCAUAGAAAUUUUUCCAAGAAAUCAAACGAAAUUUGAAAAAAAGGGGGAAAAGGGUAGCUCGUCUUCGACCUCGGUUUUUCCGCCGAAGAGCCGCUUCGCGUACGCAAAAAGUCAGUUUUUACGCAGCUUUAGGACCCCUCAGCCCCUAUAGGGAUCACCUUGAUUUUACCCCUGUAGAGACAUCUUUUUCGGCCCCUAUAGAGGCUGUUUUUCGCCCUAAUCCCUAUAAGGACCACUCUAAAAUUAUUAAGUAUGGCCUAUAGUGUUGACUUCACUUAAUUAUGCAUAGAGCAGAGGUCAGAAAAUAAAGUCUAGACACGUUUUUCCUUGUUGCGGAACGGUAUUAUGUUUCAGCCGGGAUCUGUCGAGCCGGCAGUCGCUGAGGAAAACGCUGACGCUGUCGCCCAGAAAGAAGUCGUCAAGAAGAACAUCGACAGCUUUUCCACAUGGGCUCAGCAGAACGUGAACAUGGACAAUGAUAAGGUAUUUUUUUUGCUUUUUUUUCUUAGCAAUCUGUCAAAUUCCCUAAAUUAGUUCGAUUAAAGGAGAUUAUUUGCAGGUUCUGACGAGCGGCGACCUUCUGGAGAAGGGCAAGAGCGGCUUUGAAGCGGUGUUCAAUACUUUGUGGCAACUCGGCGUGCAGACGCAAGAAAAGUUCGCCGCCGAGGGAAUUGAUGUGGAGACAAUUGUGAACGCCGCGAGCCAAAUUGUCAAGAGCAAUAUUUUGCAAACGAUUCUCGGCUUCUUCCGCGUACGUUUUUCUGUUCGUUCCCCCGCCACGGAUUGGUUUGCAGCGUGCUCGCGUUCCUCCGGUCGUCGAGGAGCCCAAGGAAGCAGAAGUUGUCGCUACGACCGAAGUCCAGGAACCAGCCGCCGUUGAAGAGAUAAAAGUAAGCCCCGUCGUUCGCCCCGAAACAUGAUCAAUUUCAGUUGGAAACUACUGCUCCUUCUGCCGUCGCCGCUAAUUAA